AUGAUCACGUUGAAUAUUGACUGGGUAUCUACAGGGCAGAAAUUUCAAGUAAUGUGUUAUCUAUCAUCUAUUAUUAUUCACCUGAAAGAUCUGAUCCAAGACAAGACGGACAUUCCAUCCAGUAACCAGGAAUUAAAAUAUCAAGACAUGAUCUUGUCUGACCCCAGACAUUUAACCGAGUACGAUAUCGAGCAUAAUUCCACAAUAAAAUUGUACCAGAAAAAUUCCAGUGGAAGGAAAAUUGAAGUAAAAGUAUGUUAUUGGUCAAAUUCUAGCUUUAUUAUAAAUAUUGAUCAAAAAGAUACAGUUGGUAAUCUAAAAAAUCUGAUCCAUCUUGAAACUAAUAUUGCACCAAUCAACCAGAUAUUGAAAUACCACGGCGACACUUUGUCCAACCAUAAUACCUUGUAUGACUACGGCAUCAGUGAUAAUUCUACAACUUCAAUUCUCAAUCCAUUGAUCCGGAGCCGCGGUGGUUCAGCAAUCGAUAUACGAGUGAAAUGGAUAUCUACUGGGGAGACUUUUGAAGUUUCUUGUGGUCCAGAUGAUACAGUUGGUCACCUGAAAGAUCUGAUCCAAGACGAGACUGGUAUUCCACCAAACAACCAGAAAUUGAAAUACCACGACGAGACUUUGUCCAACCAUAAGAAACUGUCAGACUACGGUAUCGGACAUAAGUCCAGAGUCAAAUUAUAUCAAAAGACUUCCAGUGGAUUUGUUAGGAAAUGA